AUUAAUAGUGAAACUACACCUGCUUUUUAUCUAACUCAGAUGCUAGAAGAAAAGAUUUAUACUAUAGAUAAUUCUAAAUUUAAUAUAAAUGAAGAACUCACUAAAGAGCAACAAGAACAA